UUUCUUCAAACGAAGCACAUCCGUGAUCAAAAAAUAGCGAAUUGAUUCUGCGAGACAUCAUUACAACGAUCGAUUACUCUUGCGCAACGAACACCAAGAAACUAACAUCAAAAUCUGCUGAUAAGGUGGAGGAGGAGAGCUCUAUGUGCACCACAUUGUCUUUUUCGAGCAACAAUACACCUAUUUUCGGAGAUACUCUUGUUGGAUACUCUAAGAGUUCCUUGUUUACGAGUUCCAGCUUGAUUAGAUACGUAAACAACGCACGAUAUGCACAACGAGAUCACAGCGGCAGUUUUGUUCUUAGUAAAGCUGAUAGAAAAAAGCGAAAAAUUUAGUCCUGAUCAGCUGAAAUGCUUUCAAAGACGUCUGGUCGAGCUUCUGAUAGAACGAUUCAAGAACCAUUGGUUUCCUGACAAGCCGUUCAAGGGUCAGGGCUACCGCUGCAUCCGGGUCAAUGGUCAUAGUCGGAGGGACAAAACCCUCGAGAGUGCAGCUCGAGCUGCAGGUGUUAAGUAUGAGGAUUUGUCCCUGCCUGUUGAACUAACGCUUUGGGUUGAUCCGAACGAAGUAUGCUGUCGCUUUGGGGAAAGCAAAGGUUCCUAUUGCACCCUCGCCUCUUUCGACGACAAGGAAAAUGCUGUUCCUAUGCUUCAGCUUGGUGGCCAUAACGCGGAAAAGGAACCCAGGCACAUCGAAGAGUCUACAAAAACACAGGUCAUCAUCAGCACAUCUGGACAGAAAUUGCUAACGAAGUCUCAUGCGGUCCAAAGCGUCAGCGAACACCAUAGCAAGUCAAAGCCUCUGAGCGCCGUAAAUCAAAAUCAGCAACAUUCUAGCAGUAGUGCAGGUAGGAGACGUAAUUUGCAUAGCCCAAGGCCUCACGUCAAUAGAAAUCGUUCAUGGUUCAACCACUCCUUCAGCAUGGGUUAUGGUCCGCACCCAAUGAACCAGCCAUGGUACAAUGUGAUGCCUCCACCCCCAUUUAUGGGGGGCCCAUCCCCCCCACCCUUCAUGGGUCACAGGGGCAACAAAUGGGCGCAUCCUUCCUCAUAUCCUGCCGGUCCUGCCAGAUUCCAUCACUGGUCUCCCAAAGCUGCCCUUAAAGUCUAAAUUCCAACGAUCAUACGAUACCCAGAACAGUUGAAUCCGCUGCAUACUUUGACAAUAUUUUUUUUCAGAGCACCAUGUUGUCGCCGAUUAAUAUAAACUAAACAAUUUUAUAUGCAGCUCCUACUAUUGAUGCUUUUCUACUAUUACAUUGCAUACUAAUGCAUAAUAAUUGACAAGCAUGAUUUAAUUAAUUUUAGUUUAAAACCUGAUACUUAUCUCCAUUUUUCUUUAAUUGUUUGCUCAAUCAGAUAUUGCAUAAUAUUUCUGUAAUUAGUUACACUACCUUAAUUCCAAUUUUCAAAGCAUAAAACAAACAAUAAUUUUCUGAUGACUGCAAAAUUUAAAAAUAAACUAUAUAAUUUAAAACAAUAACAAUAUUGCAAUUGGUAAAGUGAGUUUUCUUUCUUCUUAUGUAACGCAGGAUUACGUUUCCGCCGUUAAUAUCAAGUUAUUAUCAGUAUGGGAAAAAGAAUACUAAAAGUCUGCAACGGAUUUCUCCUGUAUAUCCCUCUAGAAAAUGACCAAACGCGCUAUCAAUAUUUACCCUGUAUAAACGAAACCCUCUCGAACUUCGAUUAAGGUUAACGAUUUUCAAUAAUGAGCUAUAUUAUAUGUGUAUUAUAUGUUGCAUUGUAGUAUUCUAUUUAUGAAGAUUAGAUUUGCCUGACCAAAUUAAGUCUCAUCAACCUAUUUAU